AACAAGCACCGUCAAAGGAAAAAGAUAUCUGAAACAUUUAUCGACAACAAUUGCAUUCGACGCCGACGCAAAAAUCUGCUCAACAACAAUAGUUUACGUGAGAAAUUGACAUCCUUAUUACAAAAUGAGAGGUAUUCGAAUAGAGAUAUGGACUUUUCCGUGGGAAAGUUGCAACUUAAUAUUGAAGCCUAAGCAGAAGAUAUUAAAACGGAGAACGAGCUCCUCGAGCUGAAAAAUUAGACGAAACGAUUUACAUUCCUAAUAAACAACCUUAAGCUAAUGGUAUUGGAAAAAAGUACAAAAAUGGUUGAGAACAUAAAGUUCGUUGAUAAUAUUUAUGAAUUCUAC